GGCAGUAGUAAUCUUUAACUUUCAUUGUAAAUAAUUAAUAAUUGGACGAUGUUGUAAACAUACUGUGUACAAUAUAAGAUCUACAUCUUGUUACCUAUUUUAUAAGUAACAUAAUGGGUGACAGCAGUGAUUCGGAGGAGUUCUACGACGCCGAGGAAUUCACACCCAUCAAGGGUUCAAAGAGGUCAUCAUUAUGUAAGAACAUAAAUGUGACUGAUGGUGGUUCUCCAAUCCUGAAAGAGAAGGUUCCUGUUGUAAAGCCAGAGGAGUUGCCACAACCAACCACACACAGCACACCUGCUGUUGAAGCCAAUAUUGAAGAUGACAGGACUAGUGUUAAAAAUGUUGUUCAAGGUCGCAAGAGGUUUCAAGAGCUGCGGCGCUGUAUGCAGACUGAGGAAGAGGACGAUGGAGUGCCUGACACUGCGCUGCCCUCCGACCAUACCUAUACACUGGAACAUCCCUUCAAAAUAAUAUCUCACGACACAAUGAGCCUGCAGAGCAUGACGUCACUGGGCCGCAUCGGCAGGAUACUGAGCGGCGCCGCAGAAACACAUUCAAACUUCCGUGACCUCGUCGCACCUUCUGCGUCAUCGAGGGAACCAUCAACAAUAUCCGAUGACCCUUUAGCAUCAGACAAUAGAAGUCAGAAUGCGCUGGCGACGUCCGAGCCGGACGUGAUAGCCAGCACGAAGGCCAACAGCCUGAAGCAUGCGCGCGCGCCCGCAGUCGUGUCCGUGUCCGGUGCGCCCGCCCCGCCCGCCCCGCCCGCGCACCCCGCGCAGCCCGUCGCGCCGCCCCGCAGGAAGAGGCGCGACAAGGUGCCGGGUUCUCAGUCACAGUGCGGGGAGGGCGAGGACACGCGCAGCGUCAGCACGGCCGGAGAUGACCCCAUCUACCCUCGCCGUCCCGACAAGCCGCAGCUCGACGACCUGCUGGUACAGCCUCCUCUGUCACACUCUUUGAACCAAACGAUGGCGCUACCCAGCCCCGCCAGCACCAUAGAGUCUCUGACCAGAGAGUUCCAGGAUUCCUUGGAGCUCUCGCAAUCUAAAUAUGGUAACGAUGUGUCGGGUGGUGUCAGUGCGCGCGAGUGUCGCUCCUCGCGGUCCAGCGAGCGCGCCAGCGGCUCCUCGCGGUCCAGCACUGCGCAGCGUCCUCCGCAUCUGCUGCACUCCGUCCUAGACAUCAACGAGGCAGUACGAGGGGAGUGUGUGGUGCGCGCGCAGGAUGAAGAGAGAGCGCGCAGCAACUCGCGCACGCAUAGCGAGGGUCGCGCGCACGCGCACGCGCACCUCACCGCGCAUCAGCAGCACGCCCAGCCCGCUGACAUCCAGCAGACCAGCGCCAGUCUCGGGCACGCCAGGAAGAGUGUGGGGGGGCGCACGCGGCGGCGGUCUGCCGGCGACUCUCCGACUGUGGCCCCGGCGCUGCGCACGCGCUCCUCCUCCGGACACCAGCUCAGCGACAUCGAGAUCCUCGAGCAGGUCACCGUGCUCAACCUCGACACCGCAGGUGAACGUAUGCCGCUGAGUGUGGCGGAGCACAAGCUGCCUCAGUGCAUCAACCCGCUCAGUCUUCACAUCAUGCGCCUCACCUCGGAGUACAUCAGCAGCGCCAGACCACAGGACGAUGACAACACCAGAGAAACCGAUGAAGAGAGUGAGAGUGUUUGUGUGGGGGGAGUGGAGGACGAGACGAAGGAGAUCAAACGCGAGUCAACAGACAGACAGACAACCGCUAUCAGGAGAAAAACUGAAAAAGUGCUGAUGAACGAUUUAGUGAAGUGUCACUCGCACGACAACAUUAACAGGCGGUUGACUGGCGCGGCCAACUCAAGGUUGAAGCGGUUCUUCGGCAGCACUGUGAAGCGUACUGUGGACGCCGCCAAGUCGUUAGCUCAGGAGGUGUCACACGCGCGUCACAAGGAGGACGUGGCUGACAUCGCGGAUGACGUGCGCGGUGAACAUAACAUCAAAUUGAAAGCGUCCAAUUCGCACAAAGGACCUUAUGACUUUGACGGAUGUGUGCGACAUGUGCAGGAGAUGGGCAGUGGGCACACGGGCGCGGUGUGGUGCUGCAAGAUGAGCGUGUGCGGACGUCUGCUCGCCACCGCCGGCCAGGACAGACUGCUGCGCGUCUGGGUCACACGAGACGCCCACCACAUGUUCCAGGACAUGCGAACAAAAUACAACGCGGAGAAGAAAUCCUCACCGACACCAUCUCAGGAGUCUUUAUCCCUCUCCGCCCCUCCCCCCAGCCCCGAGGCGCCCCUAGGACCCUCCGCCCCCUUCUGCCCCAAGCCCUUCUGCGUGUACUCGGGCCACACGUCGGACCUUCUAGACGUUUCCUGGUCUAAGAACUACUUCCUCCUCUCGUCGUCCAUGGACAAGACGGUGAGGCUGUGGCACAUCUCCCGCGGGGAGUGUCUCUGCUGUUUCCAGCACAUCGACUUCGUGACGGCCAUCGUGUUCCAUCCCAGAGAUGACAGGUACUUCCUCUCCGGCAGUCUGGAUGGGAAACUGAGGCUCUGGAAUAUUCCCGAUAAGAAGGUUGCGGUGUGGAAUGAAGUUGACGGCAAAACUAAGUUAAUAACCGCAGCUAACUUCUGUCAGAACGGCAAGUUCGCAGUCGUGGGUACUUACGACGGCCGCUGUAUAUUUUAUACAACGGACCAGCUGAAGUACCACACUCAGAUCGACGUGCGCUCAACACGAGGCAAAAACUCCACCGGCAGGAAGAUAAGCGGCAUAGAACCCAUGCCUAACGACGACAAGAUACUGGUCACAUCUAACGACAGUAGAAUACGACUCUACGAUUUGAGAGACUUGAAUCUGUCUUGCAAAUACAAAGGAUACGUCAACGUAUCCAGUCAAAUUAAAGCCUCUUUUUCUCACGAUGGGAAAUAUAUCGUCAGCGGAUCAGAAAACCAAUGCAUUUACAUCUGGAAGACUUAUCACGAUUACUCCAAGUUCAGUUCAGUGAGGAGGGACAGGAACGACUUCUGGGAGGGUAUAAAGGCUCACAAUGCGGUGGUGACUUGCGCCGUGUUCGCUCCCAACCCUGAUCACAUGAUACGUAUGAUAGCGGAGAGGGAGGCUGAGGCCAACAUGGCGGACAAGACCCCAGAGGAACGAGAGGAAGCGAAGGCGGCGGAGGGUGGCAUGGUGUCAUCCUCGCAGACUGGGCACGUACUAGUGAGUGCAGAUUUCAACGGCUGCAUCAAGGUGUUUGUGCAUAAAGCCAAGCCCAAACACAGCUCGCUGCCCGCCUCCGCGCUCGCAUAGCACGCCCCCAGCCCCGCCCCCAGCCUCGCCCCCGCCGCCUUCUGUCUGCAGCUGCUGAGAUGUCACAGGUAACACACGAACAUGACUCGAGUGUAACAUGAAGUAACGCCCACGUCACUUACUCGAUUGUAACAUGGAGUCACAUUCAGGCAACUUAAACAAGUGUAACAAGAUUUAACAUCAAUAUAACUUACAACAUUGUUACAAGAAACACCCAAGUACCUCAUUCGAGUACAUGUAGUAGUGAAAUCUAGGCACUUUACUCGAAUGUAACAUGAAGUAAUUACCCACGUGACUUACUCGAAUGUAACAAACGUGAUUUACUCGAAUGUAACAUGAACGUAACUUAUUCGAAUGUAACAUAAACGUGACUUAUUCGAAUGUAACAUGAACGUGACUUAUUCGAAUGUAACAUAAACGUGACUUAUUCGAAUGUAACAUGAACGUGACUUACUCGAGUGUAACAUGAACGUGACUUAUUCGAAUGUAACAUGAUCGUGACUUACUCGAGUGUAACAUAAAGUCACACUCUACCGUGUUGUAACAAAAGGUGAUGGAACAAUUUAAUGGAAAAAAAUGCUUAAAUUUGAAAAUUUAUAUCUAACUAAAUAAAGUAAGUCAACUGAUGAAAAUUAGUUUUAGAUCUGCUGUUUGUAGAAAAAUGCCUUUAUAUAAAUGAAAUUAAUUAUUUUAGACACUACAACAUGUAAUUAAAUGCAAGUUGAGAUUUGAUAGAAGAAAACUAUGUAAAUAUGUUUUAUUACAGUCUUAUGUUUAAUAUCUUUUAUAUUAUGGAAUUCUUUUGCUUUUAUUAUUUAUGUAUUUUUAAAAAGUAUGGACCUUGAUUCUGGAACUCUGAAGUUUGUAAUAGCCAAAUAUACUGUCAUAUAGAAAGUUAUCCGACAAAAAAACCCUAAAAUCGAUCUCCAAUUGUCCAACCAACAAUUUGGAUAUUCCAGAAUAUGAACAAAGUUCUCCAGUCAUAUCUAGAUUGAAUAUGAAAAAUCUACACAAAGGGACUAUUUAAAUAACCCUAAAACAA